AUGUCAGGAGCAGAACGAUCCAUUGAGGAGUUCUUGAAUUUGAUGCAAGUGAAAACAUCACAUCCAACUUAUUCCAUGAGACUUACAUUCGUGCUAUUAACUAGCUUUCUAGCGAAUUGUUUGACUUGUGCCUCUACUGCACUCCUGGUCUAUUAUGUCGCUUUGAACCUGCCGCAUGAUAUACGGCGCCUGUGGGGGCGAAGAUCUAUUGCAACACUGCUCUCUGUUAUGAACUGGCUUGCUAUUGCUGUGUAUUGUCAGUCUGGCUCCUCGGUAUGGUUCCCGUGGGCACCAAUAUACCACACGAGCUCUGUGAAGACACAACUCGUGCGUGAAGUGUGGGAAGCGAGGCCUAAUCUCACAACUGUCAUGUUCCGAGAUGGUACAUUGUACUUCCUGAUGUCGAGCAUCUUGAUCUCCCGAUUCCUCAUUUGCAUCCGCGAAGCUGCAGAACGCUCAACACAGGCAUUCAGCUCCCAGUCUCUGUCGUUCAUCCAUUCGCAAGGCGACUCUAAUCCACAGCCAUGGCUCUCCAGUGCAGAGUUCAUCGCCGACAUCGCCAAUCCCGCUGCAGGGGAUGACAGCCAUGCGGACGCUUUCCCCGAUCUCGAAGAUGACUUGGAUCCAAGAGGCCAAGAUGAUGCGAGCGAGGGGAGAGAUGACGGAAUAGAACUAGAGGAGUACGCGGUCUCUCCCGAAAGUAUACUACGCUGUGCUCACCCGUCCGGCUCACCCGCCCGCCGCCGCUAUGGACGCACGACGCACCUUGUAUGCUGUUUCAGCGUCGCCCCUUCCCGCUCCGCCAUUUACGUCCUUCCCGUAGACCCCAGGGCCCCUCCCAGGCACACUACCGUCAGGGUAGAUGCGGAGUCGCUGUGGUCCGAAAUACCUGCGGCUGCUGCUCCGAAACCCCCGAAAACAGGCACGACGCACGUCUUCUACGUUACGCCGAGCGAAAACGGUGCGCACAAUGUGACGGCGCUGACAUCUCUUGGCGACAAGUUCGCGGAGAAGGCAGAGGACGAAAGGCGGAAGGUCGUCAGACAAGCGGUUUGGACUGCUGUGAAGCAGACGAAGCCACCGUCACCGUUUCAUCCGAAUUUGAAAGAAGGGAUUCCGGAUAAGCUCUCAUUCCAGCCUCUUACUGAACAUGAAGGCUGGAAGACCGGGGCUGUAUAUGCGCGAGCGCAGAACCUGGCACGGACAGCCUUUGUAGAGCGGAUAGAGAGGGAGCUUUCUGGUGUACCGAUUGUCGAGAUCAUCAAUGCCUUUCUCUCCGUGACGAAGGGCACCUCUGAGCCGGCCAAGCUCCUCGAGAUGAAGGGUGUCACCUUCGACACGGGUAGGAUCUCGCUCAUGCCUUCGGCAUGGAUGAAGCUGACGCGUGGCGACAUGGGUACAGCCGCAGCGGUCUGCUCCGCUGCGCUCGCCGUCGCACAGCUCGGACUUGUCUAUGCGAUGAACGGCAAGUCAGUCGACAACACGAACGCCGGGGCGCGGCUUGUGCUCGCGGGUGCGGAUCGCGGAUCGCGAGCUGCAAAAGGAGAGGCGGCGGCUGACAACUCAGAUAGCCUCUGGCGUAAGCUGGGAAGAGCCGGAGCGCGCGAACAAGACCGGUUCUGGCGAAUGCCGCUCGACGACGAGUACGGACCGCAAAUCCACUCGUCGAACGCCGAUCUAUGCAACAUCGGCGGCAGGGCUGCGAUAAGCUGCACGGAUGCGCUUUUCCUGAAGGCAUUCGUGGACGGUGUCGAGCCUGGUAAGGAUGGCGCGACGGCUGUGGUGCGGUGGGCACAUCUCGAUAUCGCGGGGACAAUGGAGACAACCCGAGGAUAUGCGUACCAAGACAAGGGGCUGACGGGUUGUCCUACGCGAACGGACAGAGACCGCGUACUCCUCCAGUUCUAUUCCGCCAUCCCUCCCCUCGCUCGCGUCAUCUUGGCCUCUUGGAUCCAAGUCAUCUUCGAGAUCGGAGAAAGCGUCCGCAUGACCUUUAUCCCUUGCAGACGGAUUGGCGAUGUCGGCUGCGAACUCCACACUAGAGAGCCAUGGCCGUGGGUUAGAGUCGCCUUGCGAAUCGAUGAACGACAGAGACUGGGAGCUGAAUGCCUGUGUUGA